AUGCAAGGGCAAUUCAGGUCCGUGACCCAGGAACAUGUCCUGGUGAACGAAGCCCCGAAAUAUCUGGAAAAAGGAAGGAGUGCGAACGAACGCCUACGGCCCGACGAGAAGAAGCGCGAGCUCUUGUGGACGCUAACAGUGCUCUGCUCCGGGACGAGGAAGUUCGUCUACGACAAGAGAAGGCGGCUCAUGAAUCAAACAUUCAUCGGGCUUACGAGGAAUUGGAACGUCAAUGGACCCAAAUACAAGUGGAACGGAGUGUAUUGGUUGGACCUACAACAACAAGCCCAUCGCUUAAGAAACUUUUUCCCGGAAGCUCUCAGUGUAACGUCGGUACCGUCCUGCAAGAGCUCUCCCUCAACAUGCUCCACGGUCCACACAGACGCUCAUAUACCCGCCCCGGGAUCUUAUCCAUCCACACCACGAACGUCGGACUUGCCCAGUUUCAUGCAACGUACAGAAAUCGUAACGGAGUCGGCUGCGCCAGGAGUACCGCCUUCGUUUCUCGUCCAGGAGUCCGCGCAUCAGCCAUUUAUGCCUCUGGGCGCACCUCAGUCUCAGCCCUACCGGGGGCCCGUACAGUUUUCGGUAUCCGAAGAGUACUAUCGUGCGAGCGGAGGCGGUGGACACGGGUACUCACCGGGGCCUCCGGAAAGUUGCGGCUCGGGAGGUGGUGGCUCUGGUGGUAGCUCUGGUGGCGGCUCGGAACAUCCGUCCGGGGAAGCCCACAUUCCAAUAGAGCGUGCCCCUGACAACGGCAGCGAGUGCAAUACCAGUCCUUCCGGGAACACUCCUCGCGGGGGUGGCCUCUUGUUUUGCAUCUCCCGCAGAUCACUUCGCCUGAUUUCGUUUCAUCAUCCGGGUCUUCGCAAAUCAGCGUUUUUCCCGAAGUGGGAAACUUGGCCAUUUUAG